AUGUCUGCAUCUUUCAAGGGCUCCAAUAGCUCCAAAUUCCAGGUCUCCGAGUUCAUUCUGAUGGGAUUCCCAGGCAUUCACAGCUGGCAGCAUUGGCUCUCCUUGCCUUUGGCACUGUUCUAUCUCUCCACAAUUGGUGCAAACAUCCUCAUCCUCACUACCAUCUACCAGGACCCUUCUCUGAAGCAGCCUAUGUACCUUUUCCUGAGCAUCCUUUCUGUGGUGUAUAUGGGUCUGGCCACCACCAUUGUGCCUAAGAUCCUGGCCAUCUUUUGGUUUGAUGCCAAGGCCAUUAGUCUCCCAGAGUGCUUUGUUCAGAUUUAUGCCAUUCACUGUUUUCUAGGCAUGGAGUCUGUUGUCUUCCUCUGCAUGGCUUUUGAUAGAUAUGUAACUAUUUGUCAUCCUCUUCACUACCCACUGAUUGUCACCAAUUCCUUCAUCACCAAAGCUACCCUGUUUAUGGUGCUUAGAAAUGGCUUGUUUGUCAUUCCAGUGCCUGUACUUGUAGCUCAGUGUCAUUACUGUUCCAGGAAUGAAAAUGAACAUUGUCUGUGUUCUAAUCUUGAGGUCACAAGCCUGGCUUGUGAUGAUAGGAGGCCCAGUAGUAUUUGUCAAUUGGUUGUGCCAUGGCUUGGAAUGGGGAGUGAUCUAAGUCUUAUUAUACUGUCCCAUACCCUGAUUCUGCGCUCCAUCUUUAGGCUGAACUCUGCUGAAGCUGUCUCCAAGGCUCUGAGCACUUGCAGCUCCCAUCUCAUCCUCAUCUUCUUCUUCUACACAGCUGUUGUAGUGGUUUCAGUAACUCACCUGACAGAGACUAAGAAUGCUUUGAUUCCAGUUCUACUCAACGUGCUGCACAACACCAUCCCUCCUUCCCUCAACCCUGUUGUUUAUGCACUUAGAAACAUAGAACUCAGAGAAGGUUUCCAGAAGGUGUUUUGCUUAGGUUUACAAAAGAAGUAA